AUGUGGGUAUUCGGCUACGGCUCGAUUGUCUGGAAAACGGAUUUUCCCGCUGAGGAUACGGUUUUCGGUUACGUCGAAGGCUGGCACCGUCGUUUUUGGCAGGGAAGCCCAGACCACCGUGGCUCACCUGAGGCGAAGGGCCGUGUCGUGACGCUCAUUAGUCGUGAGCAGAUGAAGAGAUUCGAGGAUGAGCACGCGCAUCUGGAGGAUGACCACAUUACGUGGGGCCGUCUAUAUAAAGUUCCUGCUGAAGAGGUCGAGUGCACUUUAACUAAACUCGACAACCGUGAGCAGGCGGGAUACGAUCGUCAGAUGGUGAACGUACAUUGCGUCGACGGCAAGAUGCGUCAAGCGCUUGUUUACAUCGCAACUCCCUCUAAUGCGGAUUUUCUCGGCCCAUCGCCUGUUGAUGAAAUGGCCAAAGAGAUUGCAACUCGCAGUGGCUAUAGUGGUCCCAACUUCGAGUAUCUUUUUAAGCUCUGCGACUGUAUGCGCGCACUACAGGUCCGUGACCCGCAUCUGAUUACUCUGGAGAAAGCCACGCGCAAAUACACAUCAGCUAUGAGCUGGAGCACGAAUGACACUGGGUGCGGUAUCCAAUAA